AUGCUUGCAAGGCAUAUUACUCUUGGUGUUUCAGGGCUUGCCCUUGGUUCAGGUAUUACGUAUUUGGUGUUGAAUAGAGAAAACAAGAGAACAAAUCUACCUAGCACAGGUGUAAAAUCUGGCAUUGUGAUUGAUCCCAAAACAAAGAUCAAUGCUAGCGGGUUUUUCAAGUAUGGAUUUCCAGGUCCAGUUCAUGACUUAGAGAAUAGAGGCGCAUUUGUCAGCUGUUACAAUCGUCAAACUAGAAACCCAUAUUGGGUUGUAGAGCAUAUGACUCCCGAAUCCCUGUCACAAAGAGAAGGUGACAGAAAGAAUUCCUAUUUUGUUGAGGAUGAAGCCAUUCCUGAAAUAUUUAGAAGCAAGUUGGCUGAUUAUUUCAGAUCUGGUUAUGAUAGAGGACAUCAAGUACCUGCGGCUGACAUGAAAUUCUCACAAGAAGCAAUGGAUAGCACAUUCUAUUUAACAAAUAUCAGUCCACAAGUCGGUGAGGGCUUUAAUAGAGAUUACUGGGCACAUUUAGAAUACUUUUGCAGGGGCUUAACUAAAAAGUAUGACAGUGUGAGGGUUGUUACAGGUCCCUUGUACUUACCCAAAUGGGACCCGAUAGAGAAGAAACAUAAAGUAACUUAUGAAGUAAUUGGAAAUCCUCCGAAUGUUGCCGUUCCAACACAUUUCUUUAAACUGAUAGUUGCUGAGAAGCCUAAGACCAACAAUUCUACAAAUAACAUAGCUGUUGCUGCUUUCGUUUUACCUAAUGACAGAAUUCCUAAUGAAACGAAGCUAACUGACUUCGAAGUACCUGUGAAUGCUCUCGAGCGUAGCACAGGCUUAGAAUUCUUAAAAAAUGUUCCAGAAAAGCAAAGGAAGAAACUUUGUGAAGAGGUGAACUGCCAGAUAGUGGUGAGAGAUUUUAGCAAAUUUGCAAAUAACAAAAACAAGAUGUUACCACCAGCUCCUAAAGUUAAAUAA